CCCUCAAACCCGUCUUGACCUUCCUCCGUUUCUCUCUCCCUAUAUUCCCUUCGAUAAAAUCUAGCUCCCUCAUAAUCAAGUCACACUGAAAAUCCACAAAGCAUAUAUAAACAGCUACAUCUCUCUACAUAUUAUGGAUCGGAGGAGACCCGCGAGUCCAGUCUACGCGCGCCAGUGGAGCGGAGGCUCCAGCAGCCCCGGCUCAUCUCCGGCGCAUCCUCAGUCGCGCCUUAAUCCCUCCGCCACUGGAUUAUCCACCGUCAAGAGGAACCAGAACUUCGCCGCGAAAGCCGCCGCGCAGCGCCUGGCGCAGGUCAUGGCGUCGCAGACCACCGCCGAUGAAGACGACGACGAAGACGAUGGUCUCGGUUUCCGGUUCCCUGCGCGCCAGCCUCUUCCACCGUCGUCUUACUCCAGCAAUGGCGCCAAUAACGGCGGGAACGGUCUUCCGGCGAUUUCGACCACUCGGCCUACUAGAUCUCCGUCGCCGGCGUUUCCUCGGAACUUUGUAGAGCAUACUACUUCAGUUCGUUCGGCAUCAGCAGGAAGAUCUUCAGUGUCGGUUCGUGCAGGGAAUGUAGUGUUAGCCAGCAAGACCUCUAUUAGGACUCCGGUAUCCAUACCUCCGAUUGAUCCUCCUUCAAAUCGAACAAGAGAUAAAAGGUUUACACGGGACAUUGGACAGGUUAACUCACUAGCUCCAGGAGAUGAGCGUGAAGUUGCUGCUCUACGUGAUGAGCUUGAUAUGGUCCAAGAAGAAAAUGAGAAUAUUCUUGACAAGCUUCGAACUGCUGAAGAAAGGUGUGAACAAGCAGAAGCCAGAGCUAAGGAGCUUGAGAAACAGGUUGCAACACUAGGUGAAGGUGUAUCCCUGGAAGCCAGAUUGUUGAGCAGGAAGGAGGAGAAGUUGCGUCAAAGACAGGCUGCUCUAGAUGCUGCAAGACAAAAUGAGGAUGGGAAAGAUAAGGAAAUUGCUACUCUUCAUUCAGAAGUUGAGAACCUAAAGGACAGUGCUGAAGCAGCAGCUGAAAAACUCCGAGAAGCAGAAUCUGAAGCACACAGUCUUCGGUCAAAGACGCAAAGAAUGAUUUUAACUCAAGAGGAGAUGGAGGAAGUUGUUCUCAAGAGAUGUUGGCUUUCUCGCUACUGGGGUUUAGCUGUGCAGCAUGGAAUAUGUGCGGAUAUAGCAGAAUCAAAGCAUGAACAUUGGUCAUCUUUAGCUCCUCUUCCAUAUGAAGUCAUCAUUUCUGCUGGACAAAAGGCCAAGGAGGAAUCUUGGGAAAAAAGUGGUGAUGAUCCAGAUAGAAGUAAUUUAGGUCGUGAUUUGAGUGAUCUCACUGGGGAAGGAAAUAUUGAGAGUAUGCUUUCUGUGGAAAUGGGAUUGAGGGAAUUAGCAUCUCUAAAGGUUGAGGAUGCUGUCGCACUUGCAUUGGCCCGACAUAGACGUCCAGAUUCCAUUCGGCAGUCAGCAUUUAAUUCAAAGUCAACCGGUGAUCCCAAGUUUAUGGAGGCUUUUGAACUCAGUGAAGAGGAGAUUAAUGAUAUUCGUUUUAAAGAGGCUUGGCUGGCUUACUUUUGGAAAAGAGCUAUAGUACAUGGUGUCGAGGAUGAUAUAGCAGAUGACAGGCUUCAAUUAUGGAUAAGCCACAUGAGCCGUAGCACCACACAGUCACCGACUUCACAUGAUGCUGUGGAUGUGGAGGGAGGUUUGUUGGAGCUGAGGAAGUUGGGAAUUGAAAAGCAACUCUGGGAAGCAUCACGUAAGGAAAUUGAUCAUCCCAACUCGGAUAUUACUUAUAACCACAAUCACAGAUCUUCUGCAGAUUUUGACACCUAUUCGUUAUGAUGGAUGCUGCCUUGGACUGUUUAUAUCAAUUCUUUUUUCUUUCAAAUUUUCUAUUUAUUUUUCUUAUUUUCUCAUUUUAUAUAGUACUCAGACAGAUGUCUUCUUUUUGGGUCAAUAACUCGGAUGGAAUCGUGGAUGCAAGUCCAUUUUUUUUAUGUAAUUAAUAGCUUCUUAGAUUUGCGAAUCAUAUGCAUAUAUAAGGCGGGCGUGUUCAGUUACCAGUGAUGGAAUGAAAAUGUUGGAGACAAAUUAUUGGA